UUAAAACUCCGACAUACAACUUAUUUUUGGUGAAUCGUUUAAGGUUAAAUAGAAUAUUUCUGGAAUUAUUCCAUUUCCUAUUGGUGUCUAUUCAUGAAUACCUACUAAUAAGAGUGAGACAAUCAAAGAGAGAAAUGGAACUCUCAACUCCAGAGGAAGUUAUAGCAAAAUUCCACAACCUAGAUGGCGAUUUAAUAGGUGAAAGAAAGAAGAGUUUUUUCACCCUUCUCAAAACUGCCUCCCAAAAGCUGACACCAACAGAAAUAUCCUAUGUAAUAGAUAAUCUUAAUCCUAAGUCAUACCAACAAAAACUUUUUUAUGUACAUGCUAUUGUCUAUUUCAAAAAAAUUGAACAAUUAAUUCCAGUUCUAAAAGAUUGUAAUAGAGACCAUAUAAAAAUGGUUAUGAAGCAACACUGGUUUAUUGAAGAAGCUUUUAAAGACAUGACACCUAAUACUUUGGUAAAUGAGUUCUUUUCCGAAGUGUCUUACAGUACUCGACUUAAACUUCUGAACAGAAUUUCACAUUGCUGGAGUGAAGAAAAGAAUGAUGAACUAUUCAUCUGUCUUCAGCAAAGGUAUGGUUUAUACGUUGCAUUGAAUGUACUACAAGCCUGCUCUGCUACCAUAGUCAGCAAAAUACUCAGCGAACAUGAAACUGUCUUAACCUCAAAUCAAGUUCUUUAUCUGUUGAAUAGAAGCAAACGGUUAUUCAGCAUAUACAUGGAUCACUGGGAAUUCAUUUUCAAAAAACCUUAUAAAGACAAAAAUGUCAUAAGUCUAUUAGCGUGUAAAUAUCCAGAAUUUUUUCUAGAGUUGUACCGCAGUGAAAAAAUUUGUUGCGAAAAGUUGACAGCUUCAGCCAGUAUCAGUUUACUUAUGGUUCUUAAGGAAGAACUUUAUAGGGAUUCAUACAGAUUUGGUAAAAUACUGAAUGCUAGAAUAUUAGUUAAGUGUCUUGGGCCAGAAUUUCCAAUAUUUUGCACGCAUCUGAUGCCAAAUAAGUUCGACGAUUUAAAUGAAAAUUCUUUAUGUUUUCAAGUCUUAAAAUAUUUUCCAAAAAAAACAAGAUGGGAACUAUUUACUCAAUCACUAAAUACUCUUUUUCCACAAAAAUCUAUUAAACAUUUUCUGGAAAUUAUUGACGAAACCAUUUUAAUGUUAAAUCCAGGUAAGGAAUUAAUACACCAAUGGGCUAAAAUCAAGUAUGAGAACAGCUCCGAUGAUAAUUUUUUGCAAUACUAUCCUAGUUCUGAAUCCAUUCCAGUAAUCAAGGAAAUGAUAAGCCUCUGUCCUGAUAUGCAAAAUAGGCAAUCUUUAAUAAAACAUUUGAUUAACACAUGCGCCUACAACAAUGAUUUGUUGUCUUUAGAUAAGGUUUUGGAGUAUAUAGUUUCUAGACACAAAAACGAAAAGCCUCGUGCGUAUAUGAGACAAAUACAAUUUUUACUUACGGUAUUCAAAACUGAAGAAUUGACUAAAGAACACUGGAAUUUUAUACAACAACAACUUGUUUUGAUGCGUACAAAGGAUGGUCUUCAUUAUUCAGAAUAUAUGGAUAUAGAGGUAGCAUUUUUGGAAUACGCAUACAAAAAUGAUCCUGAUGCAUUCAAACUAGAAGCUACCAACUUUAUGAAACAUGCAUGUGAUUCAUGCACAUGCAUGAGAUCAUGGGAUUUUAAAGGAAAUUUUGAAAAUUCUAAAUUAAAAUUGGAACUCUUUCUAGAAUUAGUGUCGUUGUUUCUUCAAGAGAUACCAGCAACAUGUCCUAGCUGUUACAGAUAUGUUCAAGCUUGUUUAAUAACUGAAUUGGUUGAUUUGUGCAAAGCGUAUCCCGAAAAAUGUGUUAAUAUAUCAGACUAUCCAGAAUUCGUGUCUGCUAUUGAAACCAUAUUCGCAAAAAAAGAAUUUAGAUACCAUAGCGAUUUUACAGUUAUAUCAUCCAUAUCAAGUUAUAACAUCAACUUUCCCCAAUUCGCUUUGACUUGUUUAACAGAAGCCAAGAUAUUGGAAGCAAUAAAAAAUAUUCCAAAUAUAUUCAGAUUGUCUUUUAUCGAUUCGAUUACAUCGAAGAAAUACCUUUCAAUAUCAGAAACAAAUAUUUUAUCGAACUUGCUUGAUCAACUUGAUGAGAAGGAAUGGGGAUGGAUAAAAAUAUUAAGAGCCUUAGUUGUACAUCACCCCAAAAUGAUUUUGAAAUAUAUAAAUAAAUUUAUAUACGCCAUGCAAUCUUGCAUGGAAUACAUUAUGGAUAUCGAUUUCAUCAAAGAAAUGAAACAUUAUUCUCAUUUGGAAUUUGAUCAUAAGAUCUGUGAUUAUCUUGUAAAUGUUUGGCCGGAAGCAACAGAUGCAAGGAAGAAAACAGCAUUGAAAAUUCUGAUACAACUCUUAGACGAGGACGAAUUCACUAAAUUUUUUAAUGAACACUUAAAAAUAACUCUAACUAAAAAUGAAAAUGAUGAUGAUAUUGUUCUCAAUAAAAUUCGGAAGCAAAUACGAUGUUAUUUUAAAGCAGUUACAAUUCCACAGAAAUACAUACCUUUAUUAUUCAAUUUAUGUGACGAAAAUUUUCAGGAAGCUCCACUAUCUUCUUUAUGCUGUUUAUUUGCAAGAUCUCCCGAAAAAGUUCUUUAUUCUUACAUCGAAAGUAUGUUGCAAAACCCGCAAAUGCAAGAAUGUAGUUUAAUAGUAAGUAAUCAGUUUUUAGAGCAAAAUUAUGUUGUUAAAUUAAUCAAAAUCUUCCAACCAAGUUCGUAUUGUACGCUUAAGUUCAUAUCUUUGUUUGCUCUAAAAGUUUUUGUUAAAACAAAAUCUGAAGAUAUAUUAAAUUUAUUUAUAAACUUUACGAACAUGUUUGAAAAGUUUGAUAGAGGGAUAUUUUCUUCUUUUGUAAAAACGAAAGUAUCCAAGGAAUAUGCUUUUCGAUAUAUUCAACAUUGCUGGAAAAUGAUUGAACAUUUCAUGUUAGAAGACAAGAAAAGUUACUUCUUGAGCAAAUUACUUACACAAACAUUAGAUGAAGAAAUUGUAAAAUCUCUAUCGUCAACGUUUGUUAAAAAUACAAUUACAAGCUAUUUCACAGAAGGUGGUAAACGUUUGCCUAAUAUCAACACCUUCGUCUUGUAUUGUUUAGCCUAUCGAGAAGAAGACAAUGAAGUGAAUUAUAAAAUGAUAUUUCAAAUGCUCGCCAAAUUGAGCAAAAGAAAUAUUUGUUUAUUUUGUUAUGAUUUCCUGGAAUCUCAAAAUAAUAUAAAGCAACAGGUAUUUGUUGAUAAUUUUAUACAACAUUGGAAACAGAACUUCGUUGCUAAGGAUACAAUCAAUGAACACAUUAUGCUGAAUCUGCUGUGUAAAAGCAUGAACGAGCCAAAAGAAGAUUUUGCGAAAAGUGUUGUAGAUUAUCUUCUACGAUCAAUUUCUGAUGUAGGCUCUUUUGUUUAUCUAGUUUACGCUAGAAACUUAGAAGAGUUACUCAGUAAAACCAAACGGUAUAAUAUAUAUGAUUUAUUAUAUUUAAUGUUGUUAUACAAGCCGUCAUCAACAAUAUAUAUUUUUGUACUUAAUCUUUUAAAGCCUGUAGAUGAUGAAGAAACUGAAGAGGUGAAAAUCAUUUACAAAAGUGUAUUAGGUAUGUUAAAAGACUCGAAAGAACCUAUUGUUAAGUGUUGUUAUGAACAGUAUGUUAUUAAAACUGAGCACAAAACUGCAACAAUGCAAUUGACUACCCGAAUACCUAAUACUUAUCCUUUGUGGGAAAGACCACGAAAAAAGAAGAAAAAAAAAUAUCAAAAAAAUUAAAAAAUUAUAAUAAAGACUCUUGGACCAUACUUGGUCGCAACGUGCUACUAGUAAAGCCGCCUACACACUUGAUUCGCCUCGAAUGAGCAUAAUGGUCGAUAAGUAAAAGAAAAUUGUGUUAAGAUAUUUCCAUUUUCUGUUUGUUUAUUACGGAAUAAAUUUAUAUAAAUUGCACACAUUGUAACGGUUCAUGUUACGAAAUUAGCUCUUAAUUUAUUUUUAUAAUUUUUUCUCUUGAUCUCUGAAUUAAUUUCUCCAAUUUUCGCGUAAUUAACUAUUUCUUAUUAUUAUCUUUUAUAUUUAAAAUUUCGUGCAACGAUGCCACACCUCAUUAUGGGUGGUAUCACUUGUUGAUUUUUAAUAUACGCCAUACUUCAAAACACUUAAAACUAUCUGUUAGUUUCGUGGGUUGGUAUCGGUGAAUAUUCUUUCGUGUUCCGAGAGUUUGACGUGGUACUCGUGGAACACUGGAGACGACACUUGGCUUGUGGCUGUGAGGUGGUUAGUUGGUACCAUAAAAUGGCGGUUGAUUUCCAUCAUAAUUAUUUUUAUUUAACUAGCGUUAAUUAAAGUGAAAAGUUACCAACAAUGGUUGCCUGGAGUAGGAAGACAUGUAUGUGACACAACUCCUCUUGGAGCCUGAAUAGUGUGACGAAUUUCUAACUGAGGCCGGUCCUGCCCCUAGCAGUCAACAAACAACAGCGACACGUCAUCGACGAGUAAUGUCUCCGCUAAUCCAGAAGUUUCCCGAUGAUAGGCGGAAACCUGCCUCAGGCCUUCCAAAUGUUCUCGAAGCAGAGCCGUAUCUAUAUAAGCGGAUGAUUUUUAAGCAGCAGUCAGUCAGUCAAUGAACGAGCCGCGACGCGUGAUAUAAUUGUAUUCGAAUUUAAUGUAUAUAUUAGUUAUCGAAGUUAUUAUGUUUAGUUAAUUAAAUCAUAAAUUUGAGUUGUAAAUAAAUUAGAUGUGUUAGAUGGUGUUAUUUGUAAUUAUUAAAAUAAAUAAGUGAUGUAAAUAAAAUAAUAUAAGUAAGUCUUCCUUUAUUUAAAUUAAACUUAGUGCCUAAAGAUAUAAAUAAAUAAAAUAGUAGAGUCAAUCGCGUAACAAUAGGAAUCAAUCCGCCAUUUGGGAGGAACCAUCAUGUGAAGUCGUAGCCCCUUUGACAACCUAGGGAAACCAUUACAGCCACAUUCAAGUCAUCAUGGGAGUAUGUUAUUUGGGAAACACACUUUGGGACGUUCCAGUCCCAUUUUCUGUCAUAUUUCCACCUGCACCUACGGAUAGGACAUGUUAGCACUCUCUGUGUGCUCAUUUUAUGGAUUGCAGCAUCGAACUUCAUCUGGAAGUCGUUCGAUGAAGAGAUUUGUUUGGGAACAUUUAAGUUUGUGUGGAUUUGAGUAACUAUUGUGUUCUAUGUUCCAGACUUUUGGCUUAAUGCACUAUGUUUAUUAAUUAUUUGUUUUCAGAUUUAGCUUACCCUUUUUUUUCUUUUAUAUGACAUAUUUGUAUAUUAAUGUAUUAGGUUCCCAACUUAUUUACGAUCUACGGUAAGUUCUUGUGUACAGGAAUUAGCCUAAAAAAAUUAGGUUUUAUACUUUAUUAUUGGUUUGAUAUUUAUUGUGUAACAUAACUUGCAUGUUUUCCAAAUAUUUUAUUAUUUAUUCGCUUUAGGUACUUCAUUUGUUCGGUUAAUUCGUCGUUUCGGUAUUUAUCUUAACUUCAUUUCUAUAAUUUUUAUUCAUUAAUUUUGCUUAAUUCAUUAUUGUAUUUUCUCUUCGUCAGGUUUGUACCUAUUUAUUUGUAUUAAUUUCAUCUUUGUCGGUUUCAAUUUAGUGGUACGUAGCAAGCGUACUAUAACCAUUUGGUAGAAGUCUCAUGUGAGUUGUACCCUAUAAUAUAUGAGUAAGAGGUAUAUCUUUUUGUACAUAUAUAUAACAGGAUUGUUGUUAUAUUGUAUAUCAUAUUUAACAAUAACUUUUGUCAUGUUAGAGUCACAUUGCAUGCAUUGUUUAACUCAAAGAUUGUCAAAAAUCUAGGUAUUUAUUUUUAAUAAAUAUUUACUUAUUCUGUA